CUCUCGGGCUGCCGCUAUGAUUGGCCGCUGUAUGCUGCGCUUCUGCCUCCUUGAAUGAGAAACAGGGGUAACCAGGCAACUUCAGAGCUGGAGAGGAGAAGAAGAAGAAGAAGACGCAGAAGAAGAAGGCAAAGGGGUGGAAAAGGAGGACAAGACAGAGGAUUUCAGAGAGAUGGGGAGAAAUUCUGAGCAUGCAUAGAGGGAAAGUCAUUGUGAUUUCACCUUGUGCGUCCUGUAAAACGGAACUAAAACAUGGAUUUUCUUAGACUCGAUCUCUCCUCCUCUUCCCACCCCCCAACUCUCUGUCUCUCUCUUUCUCUCUCUUCCUCCUUCACCGUGGGGGGAGAAAAUAGAGCGCACAAAUGAAGUGUGUGCGUGUGGUGGUGGGACACACAGAUGUGGAUUAAAACGCAUACAUGGGACUCUUCAGAGAGGAGCAGCCGCUGAGAGCGAGAGAGAGAGGGGGGGGCAAAAAAAAGUGCUGAGAGCUACAGACUGUGAUGGGCUGCUAACCCACAUCUGAAGUGCUCCAACAAAGAAUAAUAUCCACUUCUGACCUACUCUGAAGAACAAUAUUUGAUUCAGUCAGUGUUGCAAGUCUCCCCCAGGGGGAUUGCUCCUGAGCAAUAGGUGAACCUUCGUAAAGAGCAACAGUGGAAACCAUGUGAUACUUGACCUUCACUGUGAGAACUCGGGUGCACUCCGGAGGAUGUCAAAUCUGAUCUGAAGCCGCCCCUCCAGAGGAUCGUUCGGCUCAUAAUUCAAUCGGCUCUUCGAUGUUUUGCCCGGCGUCGCUCAAACGCCGCGGACCAGCAGUGACGGGGCGCAUCUAUUGACGCCGGAUCUUUAUUUGUUGAGGAGUAUCAGACACGUCGCCAUGGAUUUGACUGAGAUUAUCCUUACCAAAGAGCCGCUGUGAGAGACACGGAGAGCCGACGGAGGGCGAAUCGAACACUGGGAGAUCGAGGGGGGUCAGCGAGUGCGCUGCUAAACUCAUGGUGGAUCUGCUGUGAGCAGGACAAGGGACUCAGCGGUGGAGGAUGUCAGCAGAGGCCGAGGUCCAGUCGGGUGUCAAAACCAGCCAGCGAAAGGAGUCCAGGAGGAUCAGAGGUCAGGACCGCACGGAGGCGGGGCUUAUUAAGCGUUUCCGUGGAGAUGGCGUGCGCUACAAGGCCAAGCUGAUUGGGAUUGAUGAGGUGACAGCCGCACGCGGGGACAAGCUGUGCCAGGACUCCAUGAUGAAGCUGAAGGGAAUGGCUUCGUCAGCGCGCUCCAAGGGGGAGCACAAGCAGAGGGUCUUCUUGACCGUCUCGUUCGGCGGGAUAAAGAUUUACUGCGAGAGAUCAGGGGUGCUUCUGCAUCACCACUCGGUCCAUGAGAUCAGCUACAUCGCAAAGGACACCAGGGACCACCGGGCCUUUGGGUACGUCUGCGGGAAGGAGGGCCACCACCGGUUUGUGGCCGUCAAGACGGCGCAGUCUGCGGAGCCUCUGAUCCUUGACCUGCGCGACCUCUUCACGCUGAUUUAUGACAUCAAACAGCGGGAGGAGAUGGAGAAGAAGGCUCAGAAGGACAAACACUGUGAGCAGGCCGUCUACCAGACCAUCCUUGAGGACGAAGUGGAUGACCCGGUGUACCAGUACAUAGUGUUUGAGGCUGGACACGAACCCCUCCGUGGCCCCCAGUCAGAGGAGAGCGUUUAUCAGGUCCCAACCAGUCAGCAGAAGGAAGGGAUCUAUGACGUUCCCAAACGCCAUUUCAUGACUAACAUCAACCACUUUGAUCUUUUCGGCGACAUGUCCACCCCUCCCUCGAUGCCCCCGUCACCUGCCAACACGCUGGACCCGAACCGGAGCAGCCGCCAGCAGCAGCAGCACACCCCCGCCGAGCUGUACGCCCCCUUCAGCCCGACCUCCAUGCCGUCAGGUUAUAUGACCAUGGGGCCGGUCCAAGCGGCUCAGUGGGCCCAGCAGCCGUUUCCCGGCCAGGCUCAGACUUUGGCCUUCCCCGUUCAGGGCCCCCUCCAGGUAGCUCAGGUCCUCCCCGGCGGUCAGCCCAUCAUCCUGAGCCAGGCCAACAUUUUCCCCACCACUCAGCAGCAGUGGGCGGCCAUGGCAGCGUAUAUGCCGGCGCAGACCGUGGGAGUUGGGGGCCAUGCCAUACCAGCUGCCAUGCUCCAAGGCCUGGUCCCCAUUACCACCGUGUGCCCCCAAACGUGCGACCUGUCGGCGCCUUCCUCGGCCAUCACCAGCCCCCAUCACAUGGCCGACCCCGCCCUGCUCCAGAGGCAGCUCAGCCUGGGGAAGGAAGGACUGGGCGUGGACUUGGACGCGGGCGAGGGCCCGUCCACAUCGGGAGCGGGACCCGGCGUGGUUUCCGGAGGGGCGAGCAGGUGCGGAACCCCUGGCCUCAUGAGUGCGCCUGACAUGCUGGUCUGCAGUCAGCUGCUGCCUCCACAGGCAGCAGCCAAUCAGGAGGAGGAAGGUAGCUGUAGCGACCUUGAUCUGUCCAGGAUGACUUUGAGCCCAGGAACGUCCACCUCACCAUCAACCGAAUCACCAUCCACACCUGCCCCUCAGCAGAGCUCGUCUUCAGACUGCCCCCCGUCCCAGGGCAGUGACCCCCCGACGGAUCACUCCCCAGUUGACCCGGAGGAACCCCCCAGCAACACCAGGGAGGAACAAUCAGGUUGGGCGAGCUCGGACUCUCCGGUGCCGAGCGAAGGCGGCGAGCCGACGGAUCAGACGGGUCCGCAGAAAGACAGCUAGAGGGACGCAGGCGGUGGGAAGGCGGGAUAUGGAAGCAUUCCGUCCUAAAACUGGAGGUUCUGGGAAAAACAAGACAGACAAGUGACUGUGAUUACACAGGCUAGCUGUUGUCUUUUUUUAUAUAUAUAUAACAUUUAAAGGAUAUUUCUGGCUAUCAGAGGAACUGCUUUAUUUUUUCUCGAGAGGCCACACACUGUAUUGCUCUCCUCAGCAUGUCCAAUCAAAUAACUCUUCAACCAGGAAGUGACCUUUGAUAUCGGACUCCUUGAGCGGGAGGUGCGCGCAUCCUUCCGUUUCGAACUGAAAGAGUUUUUAAAAAACGACGCUGAUGAUGCAAACUACUCUUUUUUUCUUUUUUUUUUCUUGACAAACGUCAAAGAGGAGCAGCAUCUCUCCGUGCGUUGGCCGCAGUACGCAGCAAGUUUCCCGUCAUCUCGCUCCGCCGUUUCACCAGUUUGCAUGAACUGAGAGUUCGACGAACUCGGCCGAGGGCCUGAGAAACGAGAUCAAAAACUCAAGAUUCUUCGUCUUUUAUAAGCUGUGAUUUCCCAGCCGGUGACGCUGGAGUCGAUGCAGACGUCAACGUGACUCUACGUGACGGUGUAGAAAUGGAAAAAUUGCCAAACGUCUAUUUUGUAAAUAAGAAUCUUUCCCCCAGGCCCUCCUAAAACCCGAGCCUCCGUGCCAUAAGAUAGCACUCUGCCUCUCGGAUGCCAACUACGUGUGUUUGUCUGAAGCAACGCUCCACCAGCAUCUCCAGUCUUACCAUCUGGAAAUUAAUUUAAUUUUUUUGUUUCUUUCUUGGAGCCAUGUUUUUUUUAUUAUUAUUAUUUCUAAUUUCUAAAGAUGUAUUGUUUUUUUGUUUUUUUUUAAGGUUUCGGGGAGGGGAGGGAAUGAACUGUGAAUAUGUGUUGCCUGUUCAGGCAGAAUAAAGUCUGAUGAUUCUCUGAUUACAAACUCGAUAAAAAAGAGCGAUGUGGGCGGAGCUAGAGGUGUUACCUUUUUACCGACGUCUAGUGGCAGAUUUUCUUAGCUUUUUAGAUAUACGUCAUUUUCAACCAAGGUCGCGUUGUUUACAAUUUGCGUCUGUCUGAUUUCUUGAAGAAACAAUAGGGGGGAAAAAAAUCUUAGUAAUACAUUGGGAUGAAAGACGUUUUCCUAUCACUGGCAAAAAAAAAUUGUACCUUUAAGUCACAUUAGAACCACAAACCCAUAUGCAUUUUAAGUUUUUUUUUUUCUUUUUUCUUUUUUUAGUUAGACCAACACAAAGUAGAGCAUAAUUGUUGUGCUUUUUUUCAGCAAAAAAUAUAAAAAUCAGGUCUUUCAGGGUGUAUUCACCAGCUUUAUUUUGAUUUAAUUUAGCUAGUUCUUCUCUGCAAAAUACCAUAGAUUAAAUCUGAUUGAAAGUCUCUUAGUUCUGUUACUCAAGGACAUUGAGGCUAAAACAUCCUUGCUAGCUACCUAGCCAGCUAGCAUUGCUAAAGCUUCCCCUGGUAAUGUUUGCCGCUGCUGCUACUAGCACUGAUCUAAGAGCAGCAAUCUCUGAAGUCUGAGGGUUAGUGGAUUUUAGACAUGGUGGACAAGCACCAGUCUCACCUAAUGAAGUGUUUUACUUCAACAAAGUUGUUACUAUGGAGGGAAAAUAAGUAGAGCAUGGAAUCAAAAGAGAAUAGAGCCACAGACGCAGCUCUGCUGACAAAUAGGAAAGAGAGAAAAAAAAAAGGUAAUUAAUGUCUUCAACUAACGGAAGAAUGUGUCAAAAUCUCACGAGAAGUACCAGGUCUUAGAUUUCAUUCUUAAUGGUCUUUAAAAAAAGGUUUUAAAAAGUGUUAAAUUUGAGUUGGUGAAAGCAGCAGAAGCCCUGAUCUUUUUUCACUUGAAAUAAGACAAAGUUAGCUUACAAGUAACUUUUCGGAGCUCCUCUUAAAUCAGUACUUCUUUAAUAUUGAUCAAAACGUGCUACUUCCAUUGGCAGAUGUUUUUUUACUUAUUACAAGUUAUUUUUCCCAUAAGUGAAGAAAAUCUGCCAGUGGAAGUACUGUUGUAGUUUUUUCUUGUUUUUUUAAGAUCAAUAUUCAAGAAUUAUUGACCUAAAAUAAGCUCUUAUAUCUGGUUGAAGAGUUAGGUUUGUCUCAUUUUAAGAUAUUUGCUCUAGAAACUAGACAAAACACUCUUGGCAAGAUUUUGCGUUUUUUUAUUCAAACUUCAGAUGUAUAAAGUUCACAUCAGACACUUCUGUGAUAAAAAAAGAAACCCAUUCGCUUUACAAUCGUGGACUACCUUGUGUUGGUCUAUCGGAUAUAAUCACUAUGAAAUAAAUCCUAGUUUGUGGUUGGAAUGUGGCAAAACGGCAAAUAUUCGAGUGGGUAUGCCUACACUGUGGAUGGUUUAGCAAACUAAAAGCUCAACGACGGCAGGACACGCGUCUCCUCUGGGUUUGGUUUUCGUUGUCCAGUCACUGCUCCCGUCAGGCCGUCGCGUUGUUGUAACGAAGCACUCACCGUACAUCGUCUCCCCGUGAACAGUCCAAACUACAGAUCACCAACACUUCCUGCUAGACAACACCUGUCAUUAAUGGUUAACCGACAAACGAGACAAAGUGUCCCAGAAUAUUUUGUAAAGUUUAUUUAUGGAAUUAAGAUUUGUGCUGAAAAAGGGAUUUUUGUACGUCUAUGACUCCCCCCCGCCCCGUCCAUAUGCUGUAUCCAUGACACUGUUCUGUCACAAAUAAAUGACCACGUGAUUCCCAA